GCAUAUAUCCGUUCAGUGAAACUUUGUUUUGACGUUGGCAUCACAAGAACAGGACAGUUUUUUUAUUAGUCGGUGACUUGAUCCUGCCUGAAGAAUGUCUUUACUGCGUCAAGCCAUAGCUCAAGCCAGUUUGGUGUACAAGGCUUUCUCCGCGAGGGUGGGGCAGAAGAUGGCAGCGUCUGCUGUCCAGCCGCAGAUAAGAUCAUCCUUGGAACAGUCUAAAGAGGAUCGAGUGGCAAAGUUGAAGGAGGAACUCAGGUACCGCCAGAAGCUGGCCAAGGAAGACAAUGAUAUGAUCAUUCAUUACAAAGGCGUGUUAGAAAGAGACCCAAAAGACAACGGAUCAAUGAAGAUAAUCUCAAACGCGAGGAAACGGCUGAGUGUUACAAAUCACACCAUCGAUAAGAUACGAAAAGAGCUCACGGAUUUAGGAGCCUAAGGUUAACUGCAAGGAACAUAACGCUCAAUAGAAAAACUUGACCAAAACUUUUUCAACGCACUGGGCUAAUGUUUAAAUAAAUGCCAAUCAAACGAUUAAAAA